AUGUGGAAGCCGGAGCGGGAGAGUCCGGCCCCGGGCAGGCUCAGGCCGGCCGCUCCUUCUCAAUGUUUAACCCCCACAUUCAACCGCAUCGGAGCCGCCAGUCGGAGGGUAAGUGAGAGCUCAGCCCGCAGCCGCUUCAGCCUGAGGGACCCGGCCCGAGGACUCGCACCCGGCCCAGCCCGGGGCCCAGAGCCCGACCCGACCCGGGGCCCGGAGCCCAGCCCGGGGCCCAGAGCCCGACCCGACCCGGGGCCCGGAGCCCAGCCCGACCCGGGGCCCGGGUCCCAGCCCGACCCGGGGCCCGGGUCCCAGCCCGGCCCGGGGCCCGGGUCCCAGCCCGGCCCGGGGCCCGGGUCCCAGCCCGGCCCGGGGCCCGGGUCCCAGCCCGGCCCGGGGCCCGGGUCCCAGCCCGGCCCGGGGCCCGGGUCCCAGCCCGGCCCGGGGCCCGGGUCCCAGCCCGGCCCGGGGCCCGGGUCCCAGCCCGGCCCGGGGCCCGGGUCCCAGCCCGGCCCGGGGCCCAGAGCCCAGACCCGGCCCAGCCGCGACAGGGAGGCGCAGGCGACACAGUCUUCUCUUUAA